GUUGUUUUAAGCUGUAGAAGUUUUGGCAUGUAGACGUUUUGGGAGGACACUUGCCACCUUGUGGCCGCCGUUCCCGUCACUAGACCUUUAGCUUACAUCAAGGUCCCAGAUGGUUCUGGAAACACGAGACCUUUCCUGGGCACUGCAGACAGAAUAGCAUAUGACUCCGACGAGGAAUACGUCUAUGUAAUAGGCGGCCGAAGUGAGACCCUACACAUUGUGGAUCUGCAGGACCCUAGCAACCCCAGCAUUACCUUCUCUAGAACCUUCAGUGAAAUCACGGACGGCAUCCCAAAGGCAAUCUCUCUGUGUCGGAGUGGCCAGGUUCAGCAGGUUGCCAUUGCUUUCGCCUCUCGGACCAGGUUAAACGAAGGGCACGUUGAGGUUUUUAGGACGUUUCAAAGGUUUGAUCAGACGCUCCCUCUGCUUGGAAGAGUGUCCACCGAGUCUGACCCUGUGGCCGUUGAGUUUGACAGCACGUGUACAAGGUUUGUAGUCGCGUGUGAGGGACUUCCCGGAAGCAGAGACAACAACUUUGAGGAUCCCCUCGCCCAUGUUGAUGUAUUUGAGAGGAAUGUUGAUGCAUGGACAAAAUAUACAAUCAAUUUCCAGUCCGCACGUGGGCUACAAACUGCUCGCUACGUCUUCCGUGACGCCAACAAUGCACAGCACUCUGUUGUCAACGACCUUGAGCCUAGUGACAUCACCAUUGACGACAACAACAUGGUGUACGUCACACUCAUGGAGAAUAAUGCGCUGGCAAUCUUUAACCUGAACAACCUGGUAGGUGGGGUGGACAUCUACAGCCUGGGGACGAAGGACUGGAACAACUUUGACAUCGACACCAGUGAUCAGGAUCAAAGUAUCAGUCCAGACAGAAUAAAUAUGGUGAGGCGCAACAUUCGUAGCUUCUAUCAACCAGGCGCAAUCACCUCACUUAACUUCGGUGGCAACGUGUUUCUUGCGACGGCGAACACUGGUGCCGUCAAGCGCUAUACCACAGCCGUGGAAGGGGUUGACUUUACAGAAGCCAUCAGAGCCAGUACCGUUGAUCCUACUCUCUUUGACCCGAGCUUGGAUUCUGGCCUUGUUGCUGACUUAGGCUCAAAUGCUGCACUGGGUCGCCUGUAUGUGAGCAAUCUGCAGACUGAGACCGAUGGUUGGAAUCCCAUCUAUGGCUAUUUCAGUACAUUCUAUGCAUAUGGCGGUCGUAGUUGGUCGCUUUGGGACGCCAGCAGUGGGGCCCAGCAGUGGGACAGCGGGAGCGACCUUGAGUAUGAAGCGCAGCUAUACAAUGGUUCUGUCUUUAAUGGUGAUUGCACCUCUAUCAACCAAUCACCUCCACAGGCACUUGAUACCCGUUCAGAUGAUAAGGGUCCAGAACCAAAGGCUAUUGCCACAACGCUUUUCGGCAGCGAUCAGAUUGUGGCUGUAGGGAGCGGACGUAUGGGCGCGAUAUUCAUAUACAGACUUGGCGAAUCUGAGGCUCCAGGCUUUCCUCAGGGCGAAUUCCAGAGCUACAACCGACUGGGAGACAAUAACGGUAACUGGGGUCAACUUUACGACUCCGCCGAAGCUGGGACACCCUUUAUCAACGACCUGAAGUUUGUUGUGAGCAAAGCUGGCCAGACGCUCCUGCUGGCAGUGGGAUCACAGAUGGGUGUGGUCGCAGUACACGAGCUUUACGAGGGCACGUUUCCCUAGAAGCCUGCAGUCUCCUCACCAGUAUUUCACAGCACAAUAUCACAAUAUCUAUCAUGUGCGCUUAAAAAACCCAUUGGACAUGCGUGGGGCACAUUAAAAUUACUAAACGUUGAA